CAAACAUUUGCUGAUAUUGUAAUUUGUCUGGAUUUCAUUGCUAUCCUUCAUUCUGCAUGUGCUUAUCCAAGGGAAGUCAGUGAACCAGGAGUGACAAACAGAGUGAAAAUGGAUCCGGAGAUCACUUUAUUUAGUGGACCUUCUUUUGGAUUUUCACAAAAGAACAAAUUUGCUGCAAGGCAGAGCUUGGCUGUGACCAGAGGGAAAACCAAUGUUCACCCUAAACCAGUACCAGCCCCCAGUGUAUGGAACAGGAAACCUCCAAAUUUCAGCCCACAGUUCUACACAUCCUCAACAAUACUGGAUGAGAACACGGCUCGGAAAAAAGUAAACAUGUCAAAAGAUUUCAAGAAAGUAGAAACGAGGACAAAAGUUAGAUUUCCAGAAGUUGUUCCGAAGAAACAGAUUUCAAAUUUUGUCUGCAGGUUUAAAGUUCUCGAUCCAUUUGAAGCUAAAAUUCUGUUUGUGAAAAAUGGGAAGUAUGCAUCUGGUGUUUUUAAAGAUUCAAAACCACAUGAUUUCAGACAGUAUGAGACCAAUAUUCCAGACUUCAUGACCAAAUUUGACAGAGACAUUCUCAACCUGAAGUUUGAAUCAAAGAAUGUAAACAUAGUUCAUGAUCUUCUUCAAGAAUCCAAACAGAUUAAGGAUGCAAGAUCUCAAAGCUUUAUUACUCACAAACCUCAGGAACGUAAAUGGGACUCUGAACUCAUCUUGAGGAAACAAUCCUGGCCACAAAAGUCAGCUUCCUAUACGAGAUAUAGAAGGGGUCGGGGUGCAUACACUGCCCUCAUGGACCGAGUGGAAGAAAAACUUACAAAGCUUUGGCAAAAGGAACAAGAGUUGCAGCACAAACAACCAAUGAACGCCAAUGAUUCAGCAAGAAAGGAAAUAACUCAGUAAUACCACUGCAUUUUCAGUUUUAAUGCUGGAAAUCACCAAAAUGUUGCAAUACACUAAAUAUAUUUCAGGACAAUAUUAUAAAAUGUCACAUGAAUUUCUUAGAGUAGUGUCUUCAACCCAACCAUCUACAGCGACUUCAUCAACCAAUUGUCCAGUCAUCAAAAAGUGGGCAUGUCUUAAUGAUUGCACAGCGUUCUGCACCAUUUGUGACUUCUCAAAUAGUGAAACAGUCUUUAUUCAGCAAGACCUGGAAAAUAUCUAAAUUAGGGCUGACAAGUGGCAAGUAACAUUACAGCUGUAGAAAUGCCAUGCUCACAAAUUGUUUUUUACACAUUUCUAUCAAAGUCAAUCCUUUCUCUAUCAUUUUAUCUUAUUCUACAAGAAGCUGUUUUAUAGACUGAGGGAACCAUCGAGAGCCAAGAUGGGCAGAAGAUUGCCAGAUGGACUGAGCUUAACAUCAAGCCAACAAGCUCUUUCAGAUAACCAGGAUCAUUUCCAUGGUGACAGAGACAUGGAUGGGCCAGCUCACUCUGUCUUCUUGAAUGAGCAUGAAGGCAAAUAAAAAAAACUCAGCAUCUUCACCAACUGGUUCUUUCUCUUCUCUCUGCAGGCCCAGUGCAAAAGGCUUCAGCCCGAGACACACAGCUUCAAUCUCUGCGGAAGAAGCCUGUGAACUUUCAGAGGAUCUACCCGCUUGAUUUUGAUUUGAUUUGAUUCAUUAUUGUCACACGUACCUCGGUACAGUGAAAAGCUUUGUUUUACAAUGCCAUACAGGCAGAUCAUACCAUAUAAACUGUGUAAGGGUAAUAGAGCAGAGCAAGGAAUACCAGGUUACAGCUGCAGAGAAGGUGCACAAAGAGCAAGGUCAAUGUUUGAUUGGAAAUUUGAGAUGUCCAUUCAGAGUUCUAAUAACAGUGGGGAAGAAGCUGUUCUUGAACUUGUUGGUAUGUGUGAUUAAGCUUUUGUAUCUUCUUCCCAAUGAAACAGAUUGGAAAAGGUGGUAACUGAGGUGGGAGGAUCUUUGAUGAUGUUGGCUGAUUUCCCAAGGCAGCAGGAAGUAUAGAUGGACUCAGUGGAAGGAAAGUUGGCUUAUCUGAUGGAAUAGGCUGCGUU